AUGGCAGUAAUAGCCAAAAGCAACAGCAGCACAGUUCUUCAAGAUGUCAAUGCCUAUGUGGAUGUGUGGCUAUCUGACAGGAGAGCCAACUGUUCACCAUCUUUGAUACAACAACUAUUACAAAUGGGCGCUCAGGUAUCAAAAAGAUUUAAUAAGCGAGUCACGCAUGUUGUUUUUCACAACGGUCAUCCUGCCACGUGGAAGCGAGCGAAAACGAGUAAGGUGAAGCUCGUUUCUGUAGUGUGGGUUUGGAGAUGUUAUGACGAUGGUGUGCUGGUGGACGAAGAGUUGUAUCCUGCCUUGAACGAUGAAAGCACUCUGCUUUUACGCAGGACGCAGCAUCGUUGCAUGCUGCCUAAAGACAUUCCAGAGAGGACGCCAAAAAAUGACAGACGCAUGAAAAAAAAGUUUGACGAACUGAUGAAGGCAAUGGCUCCCAAGCAAACAUUUGUCAGAGAUGAUUCGCCUUUCUUUAUUGACGAAGAUGGUAAUGUUGCGUAUAGCUCGCCGUUUAAAGUAUCAGAAUAUAUGGCGGAGCGCUUGAAACAAAUGAAAGAAGAAAAUGAAAAUAUCUCACCCACAGCCUCACAAAUGUCUUCAUCAGGAGAAAAGCCGUCAAAUUUUUCACCCUCACAAACGUCUGCAUCGGGAGAAAAGCCGUCACUGGGAAACUCACCAACUGUCUUCAGUUUUUUUGAUGAAAACACAGAUGAGGAUUCCAGUGCAACUAUCACAGAGCUUUGUCAACCCCCUGCUAAGGAAAAAAAUCUUGAAGAGAGUGACGCUCCCGAGCAUAAAAAGCUUGACAAACUCCUCUGCAAAGACUUUGACAAGCCUUGGCUCUCACCCUGCCGUGACGUUUCAACACGAGUGUCAAUUAGUCCUUUGAAAUGUCCUGACUUUCAGAUAAAUGAGGAGGAAAGUCAGACACCAGAAAAGCAAAGGCUGGCUUCAGUAACAACAUUGCUAUUAGAGAGACCAGAGUCUGUGAUGGCAGCACAAAACCUUUUCGAGGAAGUGAGUGCAAAUGACUGCAAGGAUGCUAGCAAAAUAAAGCUGACGCCACAGACUAAACCCUGCAGUUCACUAGAUAAAACACUGGAACAGCCAAACGGCAAAUCUGGAAAGAGAAGGCCAAAUGUCAAACGGGCAGAGAUGAAGAGCACUAAUUACACAACUAACAAUAAUGGUAAUUGUCUUGAUGCUUUGAGCUCCCCUUGUCCCGUGUUGGGUGACAAGUUAUUACUAAGGAAGAACCAAAUGCGAGGUAGUCUCUGUAUGCCUCAGCGUUCUUUUAGCUCCCCCUACGAGUCUCUCAAUGUUGCUUCGAGUUCCCCUGCUGGAAAGGACAAUGUGUUUGAUGACUACUUCGCCUCAGCCAAUCACAAGAAACUCAAGAGGCCUCUCUCGCCCGUUCUGUCUGACCUGACUGAUCUCGACAUCCCUUCUGAGUUUAACGACAUCCCAAAGAAAAAACGGAGGAGUGAAAGCACCAAGAGCUUCAAUAAAAGGAAUGCAGAGAAUCGCGGACGCAGUUUCAGCUUACAGUCUAUUGCUAACAUCUGUCCAGGAAAAGACAUUGAAGAAGGUCUCCCUGCUCUUGAUCAUCCAAAUGGUACUCGAAGACUGGAUGCUAAAAGCAGAAAGCAAAGCGCUUUACCAAUUGUAGGCAGCAGUGAAGGCAAAUCAAAACAUAAAAAACCGUCUCCCUCUGCUCGUCCAGCAACGUUAACAAAGAAGACAACAACCUCUGAUGUGGAAAAUAACACCAGUGUUUACCAAUUAUCUCACCUGUUUCAAAGUAGAGGAAGUAAAAGUACGAACAAAGCAGCCUCUACAAAGAUUCUGGAUGAAGACCAGGGGAAGCCAAAUCAGCACACCAAUGCUAUUUUCCAGAAAAUUGGCAAAGAAAAGUCAAUGAGAACGUUGGUCAUGACGAGCAUGCCCAGUGAGAAACAGAACACAGUUGUUCAGGUGGUAAAGGCCCUAGGUGGCUUUUCUAUUGCUGAUCAAGUUUGCGAGAGCACGACUCACAUUGUUUCUGGGGAACACCGGCGGACUCUGAAUAUUUUGCUGGGCAUCGCUCGUGGCUGCUGGAUCCUCUCAUUCGAAUGGAUCUUGUGGUGCUUGGAGCAAAGGCAGUGGAUUCCAGAGGAACCGUUUGAGCUUUCCGAGCAGUUUCCGGCAGCACAGAUCUCCCGUCUUCAGAGACAUCUAUCUUCCGGGGACCACCACCAGCAAGACCUGUUCAAGGACCAGCCACCCAUGUUUGUGUCCCAGAAUUCCCAACCGCCUGCUCCCAUUUUGAUAGAACUGAUCCUGCUUUGCGGCGGGACGGUCUGCAAAACUGCGCGUCAGGCCAGAAUCUACAUAGGGAAGUACAUCGGCAGGAGACCGUUGGGAAGUAGAAUCUUGUCUGAGCAAUGGGUGCUUGACAGCAUCACAAGUUUGAAGCAGCUGUCUUUUGAUAACUAUGACUUGGCGUAA